CGCCCCGGCGCGGGCUGCAGGCAGGAAGCGCGUCCGCCGCAGGGGAAGUGACUGGGCCAAGGGACCCAGCAUGGAGCUUCGGGAAGAGGCCUGGUCUCCGGGGCCGCUGGACUCCGAGGACCAGCAGAUGGCCAGUCAUGAGAACCCAGUGGACAUCCUCAUCAUGGAUGACGAUGACGUCCCCAGCUGGCCCCCCACCAAGCUGUCCCCGCCCCAGUCGGCGCCCCCCGCCGGUCCCCCGCCCCGGCCGCGGCCCCCAGCCCCGUAUAUCUGCAACGAGUGCGGCAAGAGCUUCAGCCACUGGUCCAAGCUGACGCGGCACCAGCGCACGCACACCGGCGAGCGGCCCAACGCCUGCGCCGACUGCGGCAAGACCUUCUCGCAGAGCUCGCACCUGGUGCAGCACCGGCGCAUCCACACGGGCGAGAAGCCGUACGCCUGCUCCGAGUGCGGCAAGCGCUUCAGCUGGAGCUCCAACCUCAUGCAGCACCAGCGCAUCCACACGGGCGAGAAGCCCUACGCCUGCCCCGACUGCGGCCGCAGCUUCACGCAGAGCAAGAGCCUGGCCAAGCACCGGCGCUCGCACAGCGGCCUCAAGCCCUUCGUGUGCCCGCGCUGCGGCCGCGGCUUCAGCCAGCCCAAGAGCCUGGCGCGCCACCUGCGGCUGCACCCGGAGCUGUCCGGGCCCGGCGUGGCGGGCUCGAUGGCCCGCAUGUCUAACCAGCGCCGGAGUUCCGGCCAAACGUGGCCGGUGCUGGAAACACAUCAGCUUCCACAGGACCGGCCGCAUUGCGCCAGUUACCCAUUUGUCCACGCACACGUGUAUUCACCCAGCGCUCACUUCUGCAGCGAGGACUUACGGAACACUGCCAGGCAUUGCGUGGGCGCUCGGGUGAAAGAGAGCUGCCUCGUCUCUGUAGUCCCCAUGGGUGAGCCCACGCUGCAGCCCUGCGCCCGCUGCGAAGGUGGAGAAACCGAGGGUGUGAGGAUGUGGACAACCUUUCGAUCUCACGAGGGCACAGUGGUAACGGUGCCAAGAGGCUUGUUUGCUGCCAUGUAUCCAGUGCCCACUCUGGUGCCAGGCUGA